AUGCGUGCCAUGUUCACCGGGUCGACUGCAACCAUUGCAACCGCAACCACUGCGACCGCCGACCCCCCGGAUUCCGGGCUCAACACAUCCACCACGUCGUCGUCGCCGCCGCCGCCGCAGCACCUUUUCUCCCCCCCUCCCCCUCCUCCUCCUGCUGUCUCCAUCUCCGCUGCAGAUGAGUCCUUCACGCGACGAAUCAGAUCCAAAUCCUCUCUGCGCAGUCUCCGCAGCCUGGGAAGCAACAGCACGACCUACGACGACGACCCUGACGACACUAGCGACGCCAACGCCAACGCCGAGAAGACGCUCAUUCGCCCAUCCAUCCUCCGUCGAUUAUCCCCCGGCCUUGCCGCUCGCGUCAAGCUCCUCGACGGCAGCAACAGCAGCAGCAAAAACAACAGCCCUUCUCGCGUGGGCGCCGUGGGCCGCAUCCCCGAGGAACACAUUAAGGAGUUGGACAGCUUGCACCAGGACUUAUCGAUAAGGAUCCAAAAAAAGGGUCGCACGUGGAAUGGUCUGCACCGCGCCCACAGAGAAAGGAAACAACAGCAACAAUUCUACUCACAGCAGCAGCAACAACAACAAUCGUGCGAUUCAAGACACCUGGAGGUCCCCGACCCUCAAGCGCCAGAGCAGCACGUGUUUACCUCGGUUUUACAGCCCGACUUACACUCGCUAUUGAUCGCUUCCGUUCCAGAAGAGCGCUCCAAAGGGGACACCCUAGAAGAGGUUGGAGCUGGAGUAAGGACAGAGACGGGAGCAGAAGCAGACGCGGAAACAGAAGUGGAAGCAGAAGCAGUGCCGGAAGCCGAAGUCGCAGCUAAACCCAAAGCAGAAGAAGAAGUACAGCAGGAAGGGGACGCGAGCGAAGAGCCACUACUCGACAUGGCUGUCCUGGAACGAUCUCGUCUGCCCCUCCGCCCCGGAUCAACGAAUGGAAUGCCGUCCACGAACCCGACCGACUUCGAAAAGUACCUCAAGAGCACCAGCGACAAUGAACCCGUCCCCCCUCCCCCACCGCCGAAAGAUUCUCCCCGCCCCCUCUCCAUCUCAUCCGCGAAUUCGCAGUCCUACUUCAACCCGCUGGGGCUGCAACGCUCGGAAUCUAUAUACUCGUUCUCAAGGGCCUCCUUUAGCAAUCAGCUUUCGCAGCUCACGUCCAUCUCCCUUCCCCAACCAUCCCUACUCGAAGCUGGUAUCGCGUCCAUACCAACCGCUGCUGCCGCCGUGAGGGCCCUUACGGGAGCUGCGGACCAGAUUCAGAUAUGGAUCAAAAAGGCAUCCGGUGUCUUGAGCGGGCUGGAUGCCGAGGAUGACGUCGAAUGGGCAGCUGCCGGCGGACGAGAAGGGCUGGACGGGGUCGAUGGAGCGAUCACCCGAUUUGAGAGUCUGAUCAACGUUUACGUCAAGGCUAUUGAGGACGUGCAGAUGCGCGAUGAUAUCGAAAACGUCUCCACUGAUCAAUUGAACUUGAUCGUUGUACAGAUGGAUGGAAUCAUUCAAAGCUGGUCGCAAAUCAAGGAUCGACUGAAAGGAGUCAAAGAACAGGUGGAACUGGCGAUGGAGUGGGAGGAACUAUGGAGCAAUGUGUUGGGCGAUGUCGGUGUGGAGGUGGAGAAUCUCGGUCGGCUCAUCUUCGAGAUGGAAGAAAAGCGACACUGGACCAUGGCGGGUGAACAGGAUUCCAGCGCUACGGGACUUGACAUCAAUGAGCUGGAGACCAUCGUCGAGGAAACGCCAGCAGGUGGGCGCAUGUCGACCAGCAAGCGGUUCAGUCUGGAGCCUCUUUUCACGGCACCGACUUUGGACAUGCCUAUCAUCCAGACGCCGCAGGACGACUCCAGCCACUCCAACUUGAUCGCCUUGUUUGCGAGGAUCCAACCGCUCCGGGCAUCGCUCGACUUCCUCCCCAUGCGACUGUCCAUGUUCCAGUCGCGGGCGGUGCGGAUAUUCCCCAGCGCCUGCCAGGAGCUUGAAGACCGACGCAGUCAGCUCGAGAAGGCCUACAAAGGGUUGGAAGCAGAUGCAGAAGCCUUGCGGGACGAGCUCAGCGAGGACCGGUGGAUUCUUGUAUUCCGCAACGCAGGCAAUCAAGCGCAGAAGAUGUUCGAAUCGGUCGAGAGGAGCAUUGGGAAGCUGCAGGAAGCCAUCGAGACGAGCGCUCAGGUGCACAACCCAGCCCAAUUCACGAAACGGGUGGAAAGCUACGACGCUAAGAAACAGCAUUACGUUGCUGCGAUUGAGCGGGUGGUGUCGAUCAUUCAGAAAGGCGUGAAUGACCGUCUCACGGUCAAUGGGGAGACUCUACGACUGUUGUCGGAUAUGACAUCGCGGGUCGAUGCUCUGAAGGCGAGCAUUCGGGUAAUGGAUGCAUCCUUGGAGGACAUCAGCUUCACACGGUCUCAACACCUGCGCGACUCGAUCUCGAGUAUCCUUACCAUGGAUAGCCCCCUGACCGGGAGUGUCCCUGAGACUCCCGGCAGCUCCCCGGCUUCAUCGGUGAUCAUGACUCCGGCGAAUACUUUGAAACGAUCCAGCACGCCGGUCAACAACUCCAGCCGUCGUGGCAGCUCUGUCAGUUCGGUGGCACGCACGACCAUGUCGAAGGUGCGACGAUAUUCUGGAUUGCCGCAAGUCACAUCCACGUUAACGGCGAAGAAAUCGGCGAUCCCCAAAGCGUCGCUCGGGGUGACCUCGCCUACCAAGCACGUGGCCGCUACGCCGACGCCAGCGGCACGCAAACCGGUACCUCGUACCCCAGCUCUGCCGCCCGCGUUGGCCAACCGGCCGCGGUGGACCACCAGCACCAACACCAACGACCUGGAGAAAUACAAGUCGAAUUCGCUCAGCACACCUUUCCGCAAAUCGUCCGCCCAGGGUCGCACAUCACGCCCUUCCUCUACACUGCCCAUGACUCCGUACCGCCGCGAUAUGUCCGUGUCACCGGCACCGAUGAGCGCGCGGUCAGUCAGUCGGGUAUCCAGCCGUCUGGCGUCACGCAGCCCAUCGCGAGUGGCGUCUCCCACGCCGAACCGAUCCCUUCUGGAUCCUCCCCCUUACAGCAAACUGCGCCGACCCGAUGGAUUGGCCACCGCGCCCCGCAGCCGACAGAGCUUCGCGGGGCUGUCGUUCAGUCGCAGUGUCUCACAAGAUCAUAGCCGUGCGCUGGCAAGUCCGACCAAAGCGCCUCCGACGCCACGUCCGGAAACGUCCCUCGGACAUGCGAGCAACCGUCGCAUCAGCUUGAUUCCAUUGCCCAAAGGCCGGCCCGGCAAGGACAAUGCGCCUAGCACGCGCAGCAAGCUGGGUGAGCGACCUCCCUGGCGGGGCUAGUCGUCACAUAUUUCCGGGUAGUUCUUUUUUUUUCCGUCAUGUAAUUCAAACUGGAGCAUUGCGAUCGGGGGGUUUGUAUGGUAAUAUAGCCGAUUUUGCGUGUCUUUGCAGAUUGAUAUCCCCCUCAUGCAUUUCUCAGCGGUGUCAUUUUUGCUGGUGUGGUGUCGAGCAAGUACAGUAAUCUAUAUUUAUCUGGUCUAUCAAACAGUGGGAAUCGAAGAAACGGUGAUAGUAUUUACAGGUGCCUCCCGUCUUGGGGUAUAUCGAUAUGCAGGGGUGCAGCGAGAGACAGUUGAGCCCUUCAGGUUUAUACCAGAUCCCGCCCAAUGAUCAACGCAUCAACCAGUUCGGUGCUGUUGGCCAGGCGCGCGGCGCGCGGCACCCGGCCGAUGACCUGGAAGCCCAGCUUCUCCCAGAUCCUGACGGAGGCGGUGUUGUUGGCGAAGACGAGGUUGAAGACGGAGUAUUUGUAGCCCUGUUCGUCGUCAGUAUGGGUC